AUGGCCAAACGUAGGUGCUUCUCCGAUGAAUUACCUAGGGUUUCGAAAGGUGAUUACGAUCGAUUCAACAUUGAGGCACUUUUGGAUUCGUUAUGUGAUGUCCCCGAUUCCGCUUUAAUUGACGCCACAUUCGAAUUUAGGUCUACCGAUUCCGAUCAAAAUGAUUUUAUCCAGCGUGUUCUCCACCUUAGAUCCGUCCUGCUCGAAGCUGACAAGAGAUUCCUUCAUAAACACUCCUCCGUUCGUGAUGCAUUUGUCUCCGUUCGUGAUGCAUUCGUCUGGCCUUUCCUUGCCGACCUCGCAUCUAUUUUUAUCUGUUUAGUAUUUGUCUGGCCUCUCCCCGCAUUCGAAUUCAAGUUGCUUAAAGUCAAUUGUUAUUGCAAGAUGAUCGAUUCUGGAAUAUAUAUGAGGUCUGUUGAUCACUUUCUCUACCAAAACUGUAGAUGA